CGAGGUGUUUGAGAAAAUGUUCAAGAGAACCGCGUUUAUCUAUUGUCAAAGGCGUACACUGGUAAAUGUGAAGCUGAAAUGGGUAAAAGACCGCGUCUUGGACAAGGCAGUAGCUGGAGGGAGAGAGCUCAAAGCUGCGGGUGUGCUCAUCUCCCUCAUUGCCUCGGAUCCAGACGGUUGUAUUCCCAUUUACCGCCUGUCGCGUAAUCGCGGCCAACUUGGCCUCCCAGAUGGCCUAAAAGUGUCAACAUUAAUGAGAAGAUACCCGAACGUGUUUGAGGAGUUGCAUGUUCCUGAUAGUGGAGGGACUCGGGUGCCUUGGUUCAAGUUAUCAGCUGAAGCCUUAGAUGUUUACCAAGAUGAGGUGGUCGCGUUUCAGAAAUGUGAGGUGGAUAUUCUUGAUCGGUUUAAGAAAUUUAUGAUGUUGUGUAGAAAUAGAACGCUUCCACUGCAAACGAUUGAUCAGUUGAAAUGGGAUUUGGGUUUGCCGUAUGAUUAUGAGAAAUCAUGGAUUAGGAGGCAUUCAGAAGUUUUCAAAAUGGUUCAGCUGGAUGAUGGGCGUGAGGCCCUGAAGCUCGAAAAGUGCGAUCAGAGCUUGGCGUCGUCCCACUUGGAAAGGAAUUCGGGUUCUUCUAGGGUGUUGGCGUUUCCAAUUGGAUUCAGUAGGGGUUUUGGUUUAAACAGGAAAUGUAUGAAAUGGUUGGAAGAGUGGCAGAAGCUGCCAUAUACUUCCCCGUAUGUUGACGCCUCCCAUUUGGAUCCUCGUACAGAUGUAUCUGAGAAGAGGAUUGUCGGAGUGUUCCAUGAGCUUCUGCACCUGACCCUGCAGAAGAAAACUGAGAGAAGGAAUGUUAGUAAUUUGCGAAAGCCGCUGGGAUUGCCUCAGAAGUUUACUAAGGUGUUUGAGCGGCAUCCAGGGAUAUUCUACAUUUCAAGAAAGGGUGAUACACAGACUGUUGUUCUUAGGGAGUCUUACGAUCGCGAUAAGCUAACUGAGAAACAUCCUCUUGUUGAUACAAGGGGUAGAUAUCUUCGCAUGUUGAAGGAAGGAUUUUUGGAGCGGAGCAGGGGAUCAUACAAGAAGGAUAAGAUGGACGAUGAAUUGAUGAGCUCUUUGGAUUGUCAAAAGAAUUUAGUCAGAUUUCAAUCAGAAGAAGAAUCGGACUGUAUUUUGUCAGAAUAUGAAUGAGAUUAAACUACUUGAUGAGGUUUUUUAAACUUGUCAAGGCAGUUAGCAACAGGGCAAGUUUGUACCGUGUGAUAU